UUGGGCAAUUAAAAAUCUCAGGAGGCGUGAACUAAAAAGAAGAAUCAGACAGACAUUAUCAAUCCGGCAGGCAUGGGAGAAGAGAAAUCUCAACUUCAAUUCCGUAGUAUCCCUUCUCUCAAGACUUCUGAUUUCGCUCUCACCACCAGUGAACCUUCAUGGAGGUUGCCUUCGAGAGCGAACAAAAGCAGCGGUGGCGUUCUUAGCAAUUUCGCCUCCUUAUCGGUUGCGAUUAGGAGAGAUCGAAGGGAAUCUCGUGGAGCAUUCGCCUCCGUUUCUGUCGUGAUUCCAAAGGAAGAGGAUGAUUUCGCGCCUACUUCGGCUCAGCUUUUGAAAAAUCCCGUCGCUCUUUUGUCAUUUGUACCGAAAGACGCCGCUCUGUUUUUCGCCGGAGCGUUCGCCGGAGCUGCCGCAAAGUCAGUCACGGCACCGCUUGACCGUAUUAAGCUCCUUAUGCAGACACAUGGUGUUCGAGCUGGGCAACAAAGUGCUAAGAAGGCUAUUGGUUUCAUAGAGGCGAUUAUGCUUAUUGGAAGAGAAGAAGGUGUUAAAGGUUAUUGGAAAGGAAACCUGCCUCAGGUGAUAAGGAUUGUGCCUUAUAGCGCGGUCCAGUUGUUUGCAUAUGAAACAUACAAGAAACUCUUUAGGGGAGAAGACGGUCAAUUGUCUGUUCUUGGAAGGCUUGGGGCUGGUGCUUGUGCUGGAAUGACCUCUACUCUGAUUACAUAUCCUUUAGAUGUGCUGAGAUUGAGGUUAGCUGUUGAACCGGGGUAUCGAACCAUGUCCCAGGUAGCCUUGAACAUGCUGAGGGAGGAAGGAGUUGCAUCAUUUUAUAACGGUCUGGGUCCUUCGCUUUUAAGUAUAGCUCCUUACAUUGCCCUCAACUUCUGCGUCUUUGAUCUGGUAAAGAAAUCUUUGCCAGAGAAGUAUCAAAAGAAGACACAGUCAUCUUUGCUAACAGCAGUAGUGGCUGCUGCUAUUGCAACGGGUACAUGCUAUCCGUUGGAUACCAUAAGAAGACAGAUGCAAUUGAAGGGUACUCCUUAUAAAUCCGUAUUUGACGCCUUCUCAGGUAUCAUAGAACGUGAAGGAGUGAUUGGAUUGUACCGUGGGUUUGUCCCCAAUGCCCUGAAAAGCAUGCCAAACAGCAGUAUAAAGCUGACAACAUUUGAUAUCGUGAAGAAACUGAUAGCAGCGAGUGAGAAGGAGUACCAAAAAAUAGGGGACGAUAAUCGCAAGAAAGCAGCAGCAACUCCUCCUCCUCUUAACACAACUGAUGAACAAAGCUGAAGCCCUUUUUCCCCGUAAACCAAUUAUCUUUUCUUGCUGUUUGUGUGUGUAUUGCUUGAAUGUUUUUUUGUUUCUGUGGUAGACAUGAUUUUUGAAUUGAAUCAUGAAGCCGACAAGGCAGAGUUGGGUCCAUGUAUGGGGGUAAUAAAUAUGUCUGUUUGUGUC